AUGGCUAAAACCACCUCUGGAUUUUAUGUUUACGAGUGUAAGACUUGUAAUCGGACUUUCCCUUCUUUUCAAGCCCUCGGCGGCCACCGCGCUAGCCAUAAGAAGCCGAAGACGACGACGAUGGCCACCGCCCUGGAGGAUCAACCAGAAGAGCCACAAUUGAUCAAAAUUGCGGCAUCUCCAGUACAGAUUCCAACCAAAACGGUGACUGCAGGAGCGAAUUUUCAAACCCACAAGGGCGGAAAAGUACACGAGUGCUCUAUAUGUGGAUUGGAAUUCACUUCAGGUCAAGCAUUGGGAGGACAUAUGAGGAGACAUAGAGCUACAACCGCCGUGUCAAGCGCACAACAAGUAGUCGUGGCUACGAACACGGAGGAGGAUAAUAAUACUAAUCAUCACCAUCACCAUCGUCAUCGUAAUUCCGUUGAGAGGAAGGAAAGAAACAUUCUAGAAUUGGAUCUGAAUUUACCAGCGCCGGAGGAAGAUCUCCGGGAGACAAAGUUUCAAUUUACGGCAACUCCACAAACAAUCGUCUUCUCAGCACCAACACUUGUGGAUUGUCAUUAUUGA